GAUCCUGGUCUCCCCGCCUCCACGAAGCUACCGUCUGGCCAACGGUUGACGACAAAUGUCCUUCCCCACUAGACACCGUGAAGUUGUUACGGACCUCAGGUCCUGAUAUCUGUGUCCCAAGUUUUAAGUGCACGGCCUCCGAGCAUUUACUAGAGAUUACUCAGCCCGUGCGUGGACGAACAGGCUCUUUUGUUCGCACGUGAAUUGGUGACUUUCGCGCGUCUUGUUUUCUGGUCUGUCGGCGGUUCUUCUGGUUUUUCUCCCCCUCGCUUCACCUAGUGAGGGCUGUGGUACUUUUGGUUUCCUCCGUUAGCGUCAGAAUUCCUGCAGUCUCCCGUGCCAUCCCGUACAAAAUGUUAAUUCCGCAGGUAUCCACGCCGCCCUCGACGGUCCGUUGCCACAGGGCGCCUCGGCACUUUUCGGUGAUUUCCGCUGCUUCACGCCUACACAGAAACUUAGCUUUUCUCACCUCCCCUAAGGGACGCCGCUCGGCGCCUGCGCCUAUCCGCGGGAGGUCACCAUACAGCGCAUGCGCCGUCCCUGCGGCUGCGGGCGAGGAAAAAUAGUGUCGACGGCGCGUGGUGACGUAGAAAUUCCGCGCGUUACCUGAAUGUGUUCACCUUCCGCGGGCGUGAGUCCUGGCCUGUCGCAGUGAUGGUGCACUGCAGUUGCGUGUGGUUCAGAAAGUAUGGAAACUUCAUUGAUAACCUAAGAAUCUUCACCAGGGGAGGAACUGGUGGAAUGGGUUACCCUCGUUUAGGCGGAGAAGGUGGAAAAGGUGGUGACGUCUGGGUUGUAGCCCAUAAGAGAAUGACUUUAAAACAACUUAAAGACAAAUAUCCUCAGAAACGGUUUGUGGCUGGAGAAGGAGCAAAUAGUCGAGUUAGUGCACUGAAAGGAUCCAAAGGAAAAGACUGUGAAAUUCCUGUACCUGUGGGUAUUUCAGUAACUGAUGAAAAUGGUAAAGUUAUAGGAGAACUCAAUAAAGAGCAAGACAGAAUUUUGGUAGCUGAAGGAGGUCUUGGUGGUAAAUUACUUACAAAUUUCUUACCACUGAAAGGCCAGAAACGAGUCAUUCGCCUUGAUCUAAAACUUAUAGCUGAUAUAGGCCUAGUGGGAUUCCCAAAUGCUGGAAAAUCCUCUUUGCUAAGUCAGAUUUCUCAUGCAAAACCUGCAAUUGCAGAUUAUGCAUUUACAACAUUAAAGCCUGAACUUGGAAAGAUAAUGUAUAAUGAUUUCAAACAGAUAUCAGUAGCUGAUCUUCCUGGUUUAAUAGAAGGAGCACAUAUGAACAAAGGAAUGGGCCACAAAUUCCUCAAGCAUAUAGAAAGAACUAGACAACUACUUUUUGUUGUUGAUAUUUUUGGAUUUCAACUUUCUUCCCAAACUCAGUAUAGAACUGCCUUUGAAACCAUAAUACUACUUGUAAAAGAAUUGGAGUUGUACAAAGAGGAACUUCAGAGAAAACCUGCACUCCUGGCAGUUAAUAAAAUGGACUUGCCAGGUGCUCAAGAUAAGUUCCAUAUACUGAUGCAUCAACUCCAGAAUCCUAAAGAAUUUCUGCAUUUAUUUGAAAAAAACAUGAUUCCAAAGAGGACCAUGGAGUUCCAACAUAUCAUCCCCAUCUCUGCAACUACAGGAGAAGGAAUAGAUGAAUUAAAGAACUAUAUAAGAAAAUCUCUGGAUGAACAUGCUAAUCAGGAAGAUGAUGUGUAUCAUAAGAAACAGUUGCUUAAUUUACAGAUUUCUAAUACAGUAUCUUAUAGUAAGCCACCACCAAAGAGUCCUGUUACUAGCCCCAGAUAGAUGUAAUUUUUUUUUUUAAGAUUUUAUUUUAUUUUAUUUAUUCAUUCAUGAUAGAGAGAGAGAGAGAGAGGCAGAGAGACAGCAGGCUCCGUGCCAGGAGCCUGACGCGGGACUCGAUCCCGGGACUCCAGAAUCACGCCCUGGGCGAAAGGCAGGCGCCAAACCCCUGAGCCACCCAGGGAUCCCCUGGAUAGAUGUAAUUUAAAUCUAUUAAAAAUGAUACUAAAAUUAUGUUCAUUUGUAAGUUUUUCCACAGACUUGUAUUUUUUAGGAGGUUAGUUAUUAUUAACCUUCUGUAUAAUACCAUUAUUCAAGAACCAUACCUUCCUUCUUGUUUUAUAGUUAAGUGUAUGGGUGGUAAAAAACUGAGACCUAAAAAUGACAACUCAUAAUUUUAUGGACAAUCCACCUAUAAUAAAACCCUCUGGUAUUCCUAUACUUACGAUGUCUCUAGUGAGAUCAUUUAGAGAGAGAGAGAGAAGAGGAUUCUCUAGCAACCAGGUUUUGUUCGUUUUUGAGUCUGUCAUGUACCUGAUUCUACUAAAUAUACAGUAGUACUCUUUUUUUGGAAAACCUCAAAAGCCUAAAUUUCAACAUAUGUUUAGUGAUAAUAAAGAUCACAGAUAAUAUUUAGCAGAAACCA